AUGUGGUUGCCACAGAUUUCCAUGCUCCCCUUCGUGAUGCUAUGCACGGCAUCCACAAGUGCUUUGUGGUGUACGCCAGAAGGAGUUGUGCUUUCACUUGGGCCUGUCCCUCUAUGCAUCUUCAGACGGCGAAUUCCAUACAGGGACAUCACUUCCGUUGCAGUCGUGCGUGGACGCAAGUCGGUUGCAACUACAAUGGCAAAGAACUUCUUGCGGCUAUGGCAACCCUUUGGGUACGUUUAUGCAUUAACGCUGGGCAAGGAUGUUGUCGACAUUCGGCUUCGUCACUGCAAGGAGAAGGGGGUUGCGGACUCAAGUUCACCCGCUCUUCCAGAGAAUCUUCCAAGCAGCUGGCUGCCUUGGCAUUGUUGCAACUCCUGCACGCUUCUGGUCUCCGUGGAUAAGGCAGAUGAUGUGGUCGCCCACGCCCAGUUCCGUUCAGAGCAUGGUCCGCUCGCGCCGUUGCCCGAUUCUCUUCGCAGCAAUGAAGUCCAGGCAACGGCCAAGAAAUGGGUAGUCUGUGACAUCUUCGAAAUGUUGCUUUCGUGGCAUGCGCGCAACCGAGUUGCCUGUGAUGCCUGCUCGCUGCUCCUGCAGCCGUUCCAGGAGGUGCACUUGAUUUUCUUUCUGCAUCAGUGA